CACAGCAUCAACACGAGAGCAAAGAGGAAGAAAGUACAGGAAAAUCAAAAAUCAAGGCAUCCGAUUAUCUGCGGAGAUCUUGCUUCGAAAACAGAGCGGGACCCGAGAAUACAUAUAUAUAUAUAUAUAUAGAGAGAGAGAGACGAGAAACAGCAUGGAGCGACCAGUCAAGGUCUUCCACUACAAAGACCAGGAGCAGUCGUCCAGCCUGCUCCUGCAGCUCAACAGACUGAGACAGGAGAACAUCCUGACUGACGUGUCACUGUGUUCAGGGACCAACACAGAGAUCCCAUGUCAUCGCAACGUCCUGGUCUCCAGCAGCCCCUACUUCAGGGCCAUGUUCUGCAACAACUUCAUAGAGAGACAGCAGACCAAGAUCACCUUGAAAGGCGUCCCAUCGGCCAUUCUGAGCAGCAUCAUUGACUAUGUUUACACAGGACUCAUCAGUAUCAGCAUGGAGAUUGUGCUGCCUCUGAUGCAGGCGGCUUCCAUGUUGCAAUAUGGCCGCCUUUUUGAGGCCUGCUCAAGCUUCCUUCAGGAGCAACUGAGCCCUGACAACUGUUUGAGCAUGAUAAGACUCUCCGAGAUCGUGGCUUGUAACAGUUUGAGAGACAAAGCAAAGGAGAUGGCCGUGAAGAGCUUCUCCGAUGUGUCGGCAUCUGAGGAUCUGUGUGAGCUCUCCCUACCAGAGCUCAUGGGAUACCUGGAGGAUGAUGGUCUUUGCGCGGAGGAGGAGCAGGUCUUUGAGACACUUGUUGCUUGGAUCCACCAUGAUCCUCUAUCAAGGCGUGGCGCCAUCAGUGACCUUUUUAAGAAAGUUCGCCUACGUCACAUCCAUCCCACCUACCUCUUCCAAUUCAUAGCCAACGACCCGCUGAUCCAGUCCUCCCCGCUCUGCACCGAGCUCAUAGAAUCUGUGAGACGCCUGAUGUUUUCCGGCAGCACAAAAUGCAACGGGGACUCAGCGGUUGGCUUCAAACCCCUCUGGGUGGCACCGAGGCGCUACUCCUACCACGACAUGUUGGUGGUUGUGGGAGGGAGGAAGAACAACGAGCAGACCUCGAGGGAGGCCCUCUACUUUGAUGAGAAGAUCGAUAAAUGGCAGUGGCUCGCCAAGCUGCCCAUUCGUCUGUACAAAGCCUCCUACGUCGCCCUUCACAGUGUCCUGUAUGUUAUUGGAGGCCUGACCGCAAACACAAAGUGCAGCCAAGUCAGUACGACUGUCUACACACUCUCCCUCAAGACCAACCAGUGGCGGACGGCAGAGCCCAUGCUGGAGCCACGCUUUGCCCACCAGAGUGUCUCAUAUCUCCACUUCAUCUUUGUCUUGGGGGGCCUGGGGCCUGACAAACGACUGACAAGCAGCGUGGAGAGGUACAACAGUAUGUUCAACCAAUGGGAGACGAUGGCGCCCAUGCCCGAGGCUGUGUUGCACCCUGCAGUGGCUGCUACUAACCAAAGGAUAUAUGUGUUUGGAGGAGCGGAUGCCAUGCAGAACCCAGUCAGAAUAAUACAGGUGUAUCACAUUGCCAGGAACAUGUGGUGUAAGAUGGAGAACAGAACAGUUAAGAAUGUGUCUGCUCCUGCGGCCAUUGUUGAUGACAAAAUCUACAUCAUUGGAGGAUACACCAGGAGAAUGAUCGCAUACGACACCAAGGCCAACCGGUUCGUCAAGUGUGCCAACCUGAAGGAGAGGAGGAUGCACCACUCUGCCACCGUUCUCAACGACAAAGUCUACGUCACCGGAGGACGUCACAUCAACGGCCACGACGUCAUCGAGGACUCAGACAAUUUUGAGUGCUAUGACCCGAAGACAGACACUUGGACAUCUAAGGGGUCUCUGCCGUAUAAACUGUUUGACCAUGGCUCGCUGACUCUGACGUAUUUCUCAAACAGACAUGGGCAAAAUCAAAGCUCUGAUUCAUAUUCUAAUGGUAUUAUUUGAAACCGGUUUAUUUAUAACUGACGAUGUAGAAAAAAGGACUCAUUUUAGAUGAUUUCAUUUUGUAGCAGAUCUGCACUAUUCCCACUUUAAUGAGUAAUGGACUUAUUAAAAAGUCCCUGACACAUUAAAUCAAGCAUACCUCAAGAAAUCAAAAUAUAUAUAUUGUGUGAUUUGUUAAAUGCGUAAGUCAUUUUUAUACCUGGAAAUAUACUUUUAUAUGUAUAACAUUUAUAUGUUUUAUAUGUCUUUCUAUGUUGUCUGUGUACAACUAAACCUAUGAAAACAAGCUAUCCUGCUCCGCAUCCCCUUUUCAACCUGUCUGACUUCACAAAGAGUGAAAGUGCUAUUUUCAGCCUGCUUUAAUCAUGAGAUAUGUCAUGUUUAAACCCCGGGGCUGUGUACGGUUUGGUACAAGUCAAAGCUGUGCUCAGCUGUUAGGUCUGAAACUACUGCUGUGUCUGGUGAAUGUUUGGAUCACUAUCUGUUGCUUCAAUGCAAAAUGAUGAAAAUAUUAUGAGACAUCAAAAAUCCAAAUAUUUCAUGCAGUGUUGAAAUCAAAAUAGAAGCAAUGAAAUGUAGCUUUAGACUAAAUUCAAACAAAAACUUUGGUAGUGUUUUUAGGUUUUGUAUUUUUCCACUGCUGUGGACCCAUUACCCUAUGUAAUAUAUUGCACAACAUAGUUCUGCAUUAUCAGCAUAUAUAUCUACUGAUAUAUAUCUACUGUAUGCUGAAAUAAUACCUGACUUUGCUUUAUGCAUCUGUGGCUAAAGGAAAAGCCUCAAAUUCUGUAUUUAGUAAGGUACAAUUUAACCUUUUUUUAAAAAUGUUUUUGUACAG